AGUGCGCUUCAGCAGGACUCGACGCGGAGCUUCAUUUUCUGUCUCUAGACACUGACCCAGCGCUUUAUUUCAAAUGAAGCGACCUUUCAUUCAACUAAUAAGUUUUUAUACGUGAUAUAACAGCUGUCUUCGCCAUGAGCUGCUUGGAUGUCAUGUAUCAAGUUUAUGGUCCACCUCAGCCGUAUUUUGCAGCCGCAUACACACCUUAUCACCAUCAGAAACUGGCAUUUUACUCGAAAAUGCAAGAAUCUCCAGAAACAGUGAGUGGGAGCAGCUCUUCUUUUUCCAACCUCUCCGGGCCACCCAUAAAAGAGGAAGACUGUGGCCGGGAGAAAGAUCACCCGCCAGAGGCUGAGUACAUCAGCUCCAGAUGUGUGCUUUUCACCUAUUUCCAAGGGGACAUCAGUUCGGUGGUGGAUGAACAUUUCAGUCGUGCUUUAAGUCAGUCUAGUAGUUACGCACCUGGAUCUACAAACAGCAAGACGGCAAGAGGCGCAGCAUCCUGGAGAGAUGGAUCAUUCCCUAUGAGCCAGAGAAGUUUUCCUCCUUCCUUCUGGAACAGUGCUUAUCAGCCCUCAGUCGCAGCAUCUCUCAGCAGCGCAUUAGGUUCGUCCCACACAGACCUUCCCUUCCCAACAGACCCGUACUCCAGCGCAUCUCUACACAGCCACCUCCACCAAACCACCCCAGAGCCGUGGCACCCGUCCCACCACCAUCACCCGUACUCGCUCAGCGGAGCCAUCGGCACCCAAGGGUCCACUUACCCCCGGCCCUCAGUGCAUGACAUGUACGGGACGCAUUUUGACCCCCGUUACGGCUCCCUGCUCGUACCCUCAGUGCGGCCGCAUAGACUUCCUUCUGCAACGGUGCCUGCACCGGGAUCCUCGCCCUGUGAUAUCAGCAAGAGCGAAGCAGGCAGCUCGGGAUGGACCGGAGCUUUUACAGCGACCAGCUCUGAUAUGAGUCUGAACAUGGAUACAGGUCUACAGAGCCAAGAUAAGAGCAAGGACUUGUACUGGUUUUAAAGCCCUGCGGCCACUUCUUUUUCUCCGCUGGCUUGUCUUUCUCUGGCUUUUCUGUAACAGAUUCUCAUCUCACUUGCAGCUCGGCGCUACACGCUCUGCAGCGGGACCAUCCUAAGCUGAAAGUGGAGUAAAAAAAAA